GGCUAUGGAGUUGGCAGCGCGACACGCACAACUCUCAAAGAACGCCUCUUGGGACCGACUACCGGCAAACCAUUUGCUUAUGGGGCAGCAGCGGUAGCGGGGGCAUCUUUGCUUGGCAUUGGCGCAUUAUGCUACUAUGGAUUGGGGCUGUCGAAACAGGGUCAGAGCAUCAUGGUACAGUCAGGAACAUGGCCAAAAUAUGUGCGUGAUCGCAUCAAAUCAACUUAUGGAUAUCUGUUCGGCUCUCUUGGUAUAACGGCAGCUUCUGCGGUGGCAGCAGCGAGGUCGUUCCAGAUUUCGCGUUUGAUCAUGGGAUCGCCGUUCAUUUCGAUGGCUGUGGUAAUGGCGAGCAGUAUAGCAGUGACGUUGAUCGACUAUGACAGUACGCUGCUGAAGCACGCAGCCUGGGCGCUCCAUGCUGCCAUGAUGGGCGCUUUCAUCGGGCCAAUCUGUCUUAUGGCAGGGCCAUUGGCUAUCCGAGCCGCGUGGUAUACGGCAGCCAUCACUGCUGGUUUAUCAACAAUCGCCUUCACAGCGCCGUCUGAGAAAUUUUUGAUGAUGGGUGGUGCUCUGGCAAUGGGACUUGGUGUUGUAUUUGCAUCCAGCAUUGGCACAUUCUUCCUUCCACCCACUUCUGCUCUCGGUGCAGGUAUCACUUCCCACAUUUCGUUUUUAGACGCGCUUGUCUUUUUUUUAUUCGGAAAACUUCGUAUUUAUCCUUCGAAUUUGCAUUUUAAAUUGUAG